AUGAGCUCGGCGGCGAAGCGCAUACAGAAAGAGCUCGCGGAGAUCUCGUUGGAGCCCCCGACGAACUGCAGCGCCGGACCCAAGGGCGACAACUUGUACGAGUGGGUUUCCUCGAUCAUGGGUCCCGCAGGCUCUCCCUACGCCGGCGGCGUUUUCUUCCUCGACAUUCACUUUCCUUCGGACUACCCCUUCAAGCCCCCAAAGGUUACGUUUCGCACUCGGAUCUACCACUGCAACGUGAACAGCAGCGGCCAGAUCUGCCUGGACAUCCUCAAGGACCAGUGGAGCCCCGCGCUGACCAUCUCCAAGGUUCUGCUCUCCAUCUGCUCACUCCUGACUGACGCGAACCCGCAUGAUCCUCUCGUGGGUAACAUCGCUCAGCAGUUCCUGAACGACCGCGCGGCGCACGACAAGACGGCCGUGGAGUGGACGCGCCGCUAUGCCCAAGGGUGA